AUGUUCGCUUCCCAUUCCUCCCAUAGCGAAAGCUCCUCCCCGGACAUUCUUGCGCCGCCUGGCGAUGCCGACUACUUGAUUUCUUCGCCAUUCAGACCAUUCCCCGGUCGUCAAAGCAGCCUCAUGUCGCCCGCAAACCGCCGCAUCCUCCAGACCCCCGGCGCCGCAAAACGGAAACGGUCGCGCAUUAGCCUCAGCCCUGCGAAGAGUGCACAUUCGAUCCGCUUCGACGAUAUUGUGCUCCCGGGCUCGCCAACAAGGAAUUUGGAUGGCCGACGCUCUGCUUCCCCCGACAAGGUAGAUGCGGAUGGGAAUGUUAGUCCCUGGCGGAUCCGCGUCACGCUUGAGGCAACACAAGACGACCAGGAAAAUCAGGGCAGCCCGUCGCGUAAACGGCCCAAGCAAAAAACAACCACUACAAAGGUCCCGCUGAAGGAUACCUCGGAGCAGACACCCAGAAGAAGAGGCCGCCCCAGAAAGUCUGGCGCCCCCGAUACGACUCCGGUUGCUGGGAGUCCCGGUAACACUCCGGGCCCAGCGAACAGUGAACAGAAGAGGCGGAGAGGUCGGCCAAGGAAGCACAAACCAGAAUCUGAUGCUACCGCCGAAAACAAUGUUAUCGAGAAUAACGAGCAACCUGAGGAGGACGUGCAGAUGGUGGACCCUGCUCCGGCUGGCACGGAGCUGGAAAGACACAGCUGGAGCCCACUGAACCUGGCGGGCGACGCAGAUUCGGACGAUGGGAUUUACGACAAUGAGCAGUUGGAUAUACCCUUUGAGGCCCCUGCCCAUACCGAGUUCGCGGAGCCCGACCCGCCUACUGAGGAUCCUAACCCGCAACCAAGCAUCGAACCAACGUACGAUACUCCCAACGGUGAUGCGAUAGACCGCUUUAAUUACCAACAGGGAGAUGAUGAGUUACAUUCAACUCCCUCCAAAAUGCCAUCGCCAACCCGCGAACUUCCAAGCGUAUCUCCCGAAAAUAGUAUACAUGCGGGCCAUACGCCAAUGCCACCUCGUACGUACCCGACACCGGCUUCAACGUCUCUGGUAGACAAUGAACAGCCAGAACGUAACCGAUUUUCCCGUGAACCAUCCGCGAGUUCUUCGAAGCCGAGCGCCAUUCGUCCUAGUGAUCCUACAAAUGAACACAGAGAGUUCGAUUCUAUUAUAGAGAGCGAAGGUUUCAGCAUGGUUUCGUUAGAUACAUUACCCUCAGCCCAACAACAUGGACUGAGAAGCAAUCCGAAGCUAGCCAAGGGUGCUCUCAAGCCAUUCAUCGAACGGGAAACAAACGGCGUUCUGAGGCGAAAAACGAACAUUCCGGAACAUGAAUCUGAGGAGACAUCUCCUCCCAGCCCAAGUCCUGACCCAGCGCUGUCUUCACAGCGACAUCUUGAUUCUCCCCAGCCGCGGGGCAGUAUCCGGUCUUCAGCUGCGAAACGGAUACCGUUUUCUCCUAUACCCACCAAAAUGUCCUCCCCAGCACCCCAGCGCAAGCCUUUGCUCCGUCUGGCCAAGUUAGUCAAGGCUGGAAUCGCUCUCGAACGCGUUCUUAGCCACUCCAACCCUCCUUAUAGUCCAGGAAAUGCAGUUCCCGACUACAUGGCGCCUAGGCAACGGCUAGAGGUAAUAUUUAGCGACUUGAAUCCGGAAUCACAGCGGGUCCUAGGGGCAGCUCUAGGACUUGGUCAAGUACUUGCAAUCAGGCGAAAAAUGAUGGAGCUCAGGAGUCCGCAACGGCGAGCUUUGGCUGCGGAAGAAUUAGGAGAAGAGGAUGACCACGCUAGUUUGGAUUUUGAAUACACUAAACGUGAAGUGUCUAGAACUCCAAAUCGACAAUAUGAUGGUGCAGCCGAUCCUUCUCCAGUCUCAUCCUCCCCGGACACGGAUAUGAAACAGCGAUUCGCGGAGUGGCAGAGAGAAAGGGACGCAGUCAGUCGCACAAUACAAAUGGCGAAUUCAAGCCAAGUCAUCGUCAUCGAUAGCGAUGUUGGUACGCCGAAUACCAACGCAGGCGAGAGGGACGUCGGGGAUCUAACUCCUUUGGUAUCACAAUGGAAUAGAAAGCGCCACGAGGAAGUGGAAGAUGACGAUUACGAUAGCCAGGAGGAAGGGGAUGACGAAUACGACAAUGAGGAGGAAGGGGCAAUCUACAAUUCUCGCCAAAGUUCCCGAGAACCAAGACAGGAAGAAAAAGAAGAAGAAGAGCAGGGGGAGUUGGAAGAGGAUAACUACGGCAAUCAGGAACAGCGGAGUGAUUAUGAUGAUGACCAAAGCCUUUGGAUGCCAAAGCAAGGAGAACACCAGCGAGCGGCGGAUGAGGAAAAUUUCGACGUCGAGAAGGGCAGAGCGGACUACGUUGCUAGCCGAAGUCCCCGAAUCCCCAGGCUGGACGAAGAUCAACAUUCAGAAGUGGUGGAAGAAGACUACGUCAAUGGGGAGGGGGCAGAUUAUGGCCUUGAUGCCGACGAGGACGAUGGAUAUGAGGAUAUUUGGCAGGACCAAGCUAAAGAUGAAGGGAAUUCGGGUCGAGAGUCCAUGCUAGAGCCUCAGGAAGAAGUACAGUCAAGCCCUGAGAAAGGUGGCUCAACUCCUGCGGGACGGGGUUACAGCAUGUCCUUUUCUCCGGCACACUGGGUAGAUGGGCAGGGCAAGAUGCCUUCCUUGGGUCAAUCGCGUGUCCGUGAACUACGAGAACAGGAAGUUGAUAUAUCUGCUCUGCUUCGUGCGGAGGACACACCCAAUCGUGCCCGUUACUAUUAUGGGAAGAGUAGUCCAUUGAGCUCAGCUCAAGGAUAUUCCCCGCAGCACAACAUGCUAUCGUCUGCGGCAUCUCAUCGUCAAAAACAUGCGGAAAGAUACGAGAAUGAGCUGGGCCAACUGGAAGAAGCAGAAGAGCCAGCAGAUUAUUUGGACUUCAGCCCAGAGAAAGACCUAGAAGAUGAGACCUUCCAAAUUGAUCCGACCACCAGACAUGAAAGCGAGAUGCAACGUUACCCGUCAGAUUUCGCAGAUAAUGCUAGCAUUUCGGAUGGUGCAGGCGAUGAGCCGCCCGUGCAUGAAGAGACGUUGACGCCCAAGAAUCCAGCACCCGCCAAUAGGGGCGGCCAAGCAACAUCCUGGUAUGAAAGGAUCACAAGUCUCACACCCGGCUGGUUAAAGGCUCCGCUCCAAAACUCAAGUCCCCAGAAUAAGCAUUCAAGCCCACCGACGAGUAGGCCGAAUUCGAAAGAAGCAAGUCCGAUUGAAGAGCAGUCAGAACACUCAGAACAGGAGGACCAGGAUAGGGACCAGGAUAACGAGAAUGAAGAAGGGGAGGAGGAAGAGGAAGAACAACAUCCUCCGCAGCCCGAUGCCGUUUUGGAGUCCGAGACUGAGCAAAUUUGGCUUCCCAGUCCCCAGCCCAAAGUCAAACGUACUUCAGCAGCGCCAAAGAAGGAACCAAAACCAACGACGACAGGGAAGUCGCCAGAGAAGCCAACGCGUCUUGAAACGUCUGGCUACUUCUCAAAUGCACACUACACUCUCCUCCGACGUCUCUACCGCCUCGCUAAACAAUCCCCCGAGAGCUUUACUUACCACUCCAGCCCUUCUCACUCCGGCAUUAUUGGUGAUUAUAUCUGGACCUCAGACAAUACCUACGGGGUCCCAGUCACGGAACUCCAAUUUGCCAUCGUGUACCGGUUUAGGCAGGAAUUAGCCGCAGAGGACCUGAAGUCCGGAGGCACGGGAUGGGUCGGCUGGACAGACGCUGAUUUGCAUCGCCGACUGGUCAGCGUCAUUAUCGGCGAGCAAACCAGAGCAGACAGGAAGAGCGCCCACGAAUCAAGGCCUACGCGCUCGAAGCCCAGGAGUAUUAUCCAGCGGGGCUGA